AUGUUCACCUCUUCACUCACGAUUCGUCAUUUAUUUGUUGGAUUCAAUACUAAACAAUUGUUUAUUCAAAUUCGAUAUCAAAGUGGAGCGAAUAUUGCAAGAGCAUCCAAGGAUGUUGAUCAAUCACAAUCGAAUGAGAAUGAACAAGAAUUAGGAGCGUUUCAACAGUUCGAUAUCAGUGUUCAAACUCAGCAACGAUUACAAGAUCGCAAUGUUCGAUACUUAUUUCCGGUUCAAUCUCGUUCAUAUAACGAUAUCAUAUCUGGAAAGGACUGUAUCGUUCAAGCACGCACUGGAACAGGAAAAACAUUGGCAUUCAGUCUUCCAAUCGUUGAACGACUUCAGCGUGAAAUAUCCAGAGAGCGAGGUCGUUUUCCUCGGUGUUUAGUAUUGGAACCAACACGUGAACUUGCUAAACAAGUGACGAAUGAUUUCCUUUCGAUCAAAUCUCGUCUUCUUUCAAUUUCUACACUCUAUGGUGGAAAAGAAUAUUCAAAACAAGAAUUGUCAUUACAGCGAGGCUCAGAUGUCGUUGUCGGAACUCCUGGACGAAUCAAAGAUUUUCUCAAUCAAAAAAAAUUGAACCUUCAACAAUGUCAAAUCGUAGUUUUGGAUGAAGUUGAUCGAAUGCUCGAUAUGGGAUUUCAACACGAUGUUGAUUAUAUUAUUCGAAGUAUUCCUCGGUCACAAAUGAUUGUCUUUUCUGCAACCAUACCGUUAUGGUUGAAAAAGAGUGUGGCACGCUAUAUGUCACCGAC